AUGCGUGCUUUUAUUCGGUCAUGACAUAAUGGAAAGCAAUGAGAAGUGUGGCGCUAAUUGUUUGUUAAGAAUCUAACGUCAUUAUCGAUAAAUGUAACGAGACAAACGGAAACUUAAAGAAUUAUUCGUAGGUGGAUUGAAAAGUAGUUUAUAUUUUUCUUGUCUAAAGGAACAACAUGUCCGCUAUCUUGUUUGGCGUCUGUACCAAUUUUUUAUUUACUACACUUCGUAGUGUAAAUGUGAGAUGAUGCGAUUAGAUCAACAAUUUCUGUGACAAUGUACUGUUCCGCGAUACGUAUACUCAGAUUUUAUGUGUGAAUAAUGACGGAGCCGGAAUUAUGCCGGCUCUGUGCCGAGACCAAAGAAAAUUUUAUUGGAAUUUAUGAUGCCGAAGGGCAAAAGUUAGCUAUAGAAGCGAAAAUAGCCAAGUGUUUGCAGAUUCAGGUAUUAAUAACUGACGGAUUACCACUUACAGUUUGUAUAGACUGUUGUAUACUGUUGAAUCAAUGCAACGAAUUUUUUGAAAAAACCAACCAAGCACAAACGUCUCUAAGGCAAUUACUUGUUGAUUCCAAAUCACAAUCGCAAUCGUUAGAAACAAAUAUAAACUAUAUUCAAAAGACAGUUGCAUUUCCAAAAGAAGAAGAGGAAGUUACGGAAGGAAUUGUUGAAUGUCAUUUAGCAAAUAACUACAUUCAAGAAUCUAAUGUUCCAUGUAACUACUUUAUCGAAGAGAAUAAAACUAGUAAUCAUCAAAAGUAUGAGGCAAAGGAAUCGCAAGAUACCAUGAAACAGAAAAAGUGUAAAAUACAAAUGAAGAAAACGCCUCUUAAACAAACUAGAAAACGAUUGAAGCGAAAAAAUCAAAAUCCAAAAAUAGAAGAUCCAAACAUAUAUAUAAAUUCCGAUUUAGAAAAAGAACAUAAUAAUAUGAAUGUAAAAACUAAUGUUAAAAUUCCAGAUAAUUAUAUGACAGGUACAGAUUCAGAUUUAGAAAUUAUAGAAGCACAUACAACAGAUACGUUAAAAUUUGGACAUAAAAGAGGAGAGAAUUUAGAUAGAUAUCCUUGGCUUUGCACAGAUUGUAACGAUAAAUUACCAAGCUUAGAAGGAUUAGAAGAACAUCACGAAAGUGUUCAUAAUCAACAAGCGAAAUACAUGUGUGUAUUGUGCUGUAAAGUUUAUGAUAAAUAUUACGGUUUUCUUACACAUGUAAAACGACAUAAAAAUAAGGCAAAGUUCAGUUGCGAAGAUUGUGGGAAAUCAUUUGUACAUAAAAAAGUAUUAGAUUCUCACAAAGCAAUUCAUAGUGAAGAACGGCCUCAUGUAUGCCAAACUUGUGGAAAAGCAUUUAGGCAACAAAGUGCUUUAUAUAUCCAUAGCCGAUGUCACUUACCGGAUACAAUGAAGAAUAGAUUUCCAUGCGAUCAGUGCGACAAAAGAUUUUCGACAAAGCCGAAUUUAGUCACGCAUAAACGCAUCCAUUCUGGCGUUAGAAAUUUUACGUGCGAUCAAUGCGGUAAAAGUUUCAUUCAGAAAGGAAAUCUAGAAGCUCAUUUCUUAACUCACUCCGCGGACAAACCGUACAACUGUUCUCAGUGUUCAAAAGCCUUUAAAACGCCACUGCAAUUAAAGAAACACGAGACAGUUCACACCGGAGCUAAGCCGCAUCAGUGUGCUGUUUGUGGAAGAACUUUUCGUGAGAAAGGUACGCUAAGGGAGCAUCAUAGAAUACACACCGGAGCAAUGCCAUUUACGUGCGAAUUUUGUGGCAAAUGCUUUCGUUUCAAAGGAAUAUUAACUACACACAGAAGACAACAUACUGGCGAACGCCCGUACAGUUGCCUGGAAUGUCAACAUCAUUUUACGAAUUGGCCAAAUUAUAAUAAACAUAUGAAACGCAGGCAUGGAAUUAAUACAUCGCAUACAAAACAUUUAUCGCAAUCUCAACAAUCAGAAUCACAGCAACAGUUACAUCAACAGCAACAACAAUCGGAACAACCGCAAACAAUCCAAUCGAGCACUUCGGAAGAUCCUCUUUCUAUAUCUCAUACGGAAUCGACAACGGUCCAAGCAAUACAAACUGUGUCGCACGCGUCGACAACUCAACCGAUUGUUGUGCAAACUAUACCGACUACAGCAAUUCAAAAUUUUCAACCCGACGUGUCCAGUACCAUUCAAGAUACCGUGUUUCGAGAAAGAAAUGCAACAUACUUUAACGCAAUGCCAGCAACUUUGCAAAAUUUUGUACCACCCAAUUUACCAUAUAACUUUUAUAACAUUUCCAAUGUUACGUACAGAGAAUGAUUUCCUUCGACGUAGAUAAGAGAAAAAUUCUGUUAUACAAAUAAAUUUAAGCAAAUGUAUACAAUCUUCAACUGCCCGGGUAACAAAUAUGCAAACGUUUCUUGAAUGUUUACGAUUUUCUUACCCUGGCAGUAAAUUUGGUACGAACAAAAUGAAACGAUAAUUUUAAUCACUUAAGUUGUUUAAAUAAUAUACAUUCAGCGAUGAAAAUUGUCAUGCAUUUAAGAAUAACAUUACAUAGCGAGAACGAUUUACUUGUAGAUAAAUGUACAAAAGAAUUUUCAAGAUCACUUUUGUUUUUUUUAAUAGAUAUUGCAUUUUUUUACCCUAACUAUGGUAAUAGUUAUUGAAUCGAUUUCAACAAAUUGUAACAAUAAUUCAUAAGGGGCAAUAUAACGCAGUUCUAUAAAAAGAACACAUUGCCUUGCAAUCGGAUAGUAAAUACAAUUCUUAAAAAAAAGUUCCAGUUAAUAUUCUGAUCCCGGUGUCUGGUAUAUGCUUUUUUUUUUAUUACAAUUUAUAAUGUGAAUGAUAGUAAUCAUUAAUAGAAAUUA